AUGGGGUCCGAACUCGACGAUGGCAGUAGAAGCAGUGGCUCCAAUCAAAGCGGAGGGAAAGGGAGGCGGAUCAAAGAGACGGAGCGCAAGCUGACAGGCAGCGGCGGCAGUGAAUCAGAGCCGGGGUCUCGCAGCGGGAGGCGGAGCCAGCAUAGCCACCGGAGCCACGCCCCUUCCCAGCACAGUGCAGGGAGCCACGCCUCUUCCCAGCACAGCCACGCCUCCUACACACACAGCAGCCAUGGGACCUACUCCCACCGCAGCCAUGCCCCCUCCCACCACAGCCACGCCCCCUCCCACCACAGCGAGCGCAGCCACACCUCCUCCCACGGUCCCCCAGGCCUGCCCCCCCCCUACAGCCUGGCCAAGCUCUCUCCGAAGCUAGUGCUGAGCAGCGGGCCCCCGGGGGGCCCCCCCGUGCGAGAGCUGGGCUCCGUCCCCCCCGAGCUCACUGCCAGCCGCCAGUCCCUCCAGAGAGCCAUGGGCAACCCCUGCGAGUUCUUCGUGGACAUCAUGUGAGACCACGGGGCUGGGGGCGAAAGAGAAGAGGAGCAGACAGGAUUAGAGCAGGGCGCGCAGGGAGCUAUGUGGAUCUGACUCGGGCAGUGCAGGAGAGCUUCUCGCAAAGCAGACAGGAUUAGAGCAGGGCGUGCAGGGAGCUGUGUGGAUCUGACCCGGGCAGUGCAGACUCACUUAAUAUUCAUCUGCUGUUCUCACAAUGGGGGGACUGCCCAGUCUAGAAGGAGGGUUGUUUUUUUUUAAGCUUAGAAAUGUGUAACCUGCUCAA